UUUAGUGAUUGUUAUAUGACUUCAUUUUUUAUGCAUGAAGGUCUGGUGAAUUUUGUUGAGAACUCAGUGAAGAAUGAGCAUGCUCUCUCUCCUAAUAGACCAAUUUAUCUCAUUGGAGACUCCUUUGGAGGAUGCCUAUCACUUGCUGUUGCUGCUCGAAACCCUUCUGUCGACCUUGUGCUAGUACUAGUGAAUCCAGCAACAUCAUUUGGAAAUUCACAACUGCAGCCUUUUCUCCCAGUGUUGGAGGCCUUGCCAGAUGAUAUUCACACUGCAGUUCCUUAUGUCCUUAGCUUCAUCAUGGGAGAUCCUGUGAAGAUGGCAAUGGCGAACGUUGAUGAUGAUCUCCCCCCUCCUCGAACACUGGAGGAAAUAUCAAAAAGCCUCACUUCUUUAUUACCUCUUCUUUCAGUAAGAUAG